AUGUCGAAUAUUUUGAUAAUUGGAAACGGAGGUCGGGAAAAUGCUCUGGCUUGGAAGAUUUUGCAAUCUGAAAAUCUUGGUGAACUUUUUGUUGCUCCUGGAAAUGCCGGAACUCAAGGACACAAUAUUGGUAUGUUUUUCAAGGAAAGAAUUUUGAACAAGUUUAAAUUUUAAUCCCGGUUUUCAAAAUAAAAAAAAAUCUUCAAUCUUCAGAUCUCGACAUCACAAACUUCCCAGUCAUCUCUGAAUUCUGCAAACUUCACCAAAUCACUUUGGUUAUUAUUGGUCCAGAAGUUCCACUUUCCGAAGGCAUAACUGAUUUUCUGACUGCUGAAAUCGAAUCAAUCAAAAUAUUUGGUCCUACAAAAACUGGAGCACUUUUGGAGUCUUCAAAAAUCUAUUCGAAAAAUUUCAUGAGAGAGUUUCAAAUUCCAACAGCAGAUUUUCAUGUUAUUCAAAAUCAAGAAGAACUUGACAACUUUUUUGAAAAGUGAGAUUUAUAAAGAAUUUGAGUGUUUCAUCAAUCAAUCAAUACAUUUUCAGAGAGAACCUUUGGGGUUCUGAAAUUGUCAUCAAGGCUGAUGGUCUAGCAUCCGGAAAAGGCGUAAUUAUUCCGGAUUCUGAAGCGGAGGCUAAACAUUUGGCAACUUCUAUGCUGAAUGGAACACUGGUUGGUGAUUCAGGAAAACAAUUAUUGAUUGAAAGAAAGUUGGAGGGAUAUGAAGUUUCGGUAAGUCUCCGUGAGAAUUUUUAUUUGAAACAUACAUUGUAUGUACAUAGUUUUUCAGGCGUUGGCAUUUGUAGAUGGUGUGACAUUUUCAAGAAUGCCGUUAGUUAGAGAUCACAAAAGACUUUUGGAGAAUGAUUUGGGACCUAACACAGGUUCUUAUUUCAAAUUCAAAAUCUUCAAAUAGUUUUAAUAAAAGUUAUUUCUAGGUGGAAUGGGAGUGAUUGCUCCAGUUUAUGUGCCAAAAUCAAUCGAUUCUCAAAUUGAUGAAGUUUUUCGAAAAACUUUGGAAGGUCUAAGGAAGAGAGGAAUAAAUUAUUGUGGAGUACUGUAUGCUGGAUUUCUAGUAACUUCAGAUGAUGUUGCGAAUCUUCUUGAAUUUAAUUGUCGAUUCGGCGACCCGGAAACACAGGUGAGUUUUGGUUAUCGAAGCGAUUCUUUCGAUAAAAUCAACUGCUCAUGUGUUUUGAAUUGUUUUCCACUCAAUCCCAAAGUCAGAAAACUAGACUAGUUAAUUUUAGAUCUUGAUGCGAUUGUUGGAAACCGAUUUACUAGAUGCUAUGCAUAAUUGUGUCGCUCGAAAAUUAUCUCAAACCGAAAUCACAUGGUCAAAUAACUUUGGAUGUGGAGUUGUUUUGGCGACUAGAAACUAUCCGAAAUCGGGAGAAAUUGGAACAGAAGUUGAAUGUGAGCAGAAUUGGAAGGGGUGAAUUAGGAAUCGGGUCAGGGAAUUUUAGUUUGAGCUCUGAUAUCGGCUCGAUUUUUAUUGAUAUGAAUUAUGAGAUGUCUGUAGUGGAUUAGAACUUUCAAAUUGUAGAAAUCGCACAAUUCUGUAUCAGACCAAAAAUCGAGAUAAGUGUGGAAAUCCUGAAAAUCUGAUUUUGGGUCCCGAAAAAUGUCGGAUGUUGAAAUUCGUUUUGAAAAAAUCUACAAGUCUGAAAAGAAUUUUUUACUGUUUGUCUUGAAAACCCUUGAUUUUCUCGAAAACCCUCUAUUUUCAUACAAAAUUCCCAUUUUUCCAGAUCUUCCAGAAAACACAAAUUCCACAGUAAUCUUCCACGCUGGCACCCAGAUCUCUCCUUCCACCAAGAAACUCGAAACCUCCGGAGGUCGCAUUUUUUGCGUCACAUCCAUUACCAACACAUUGAAUGAUGCUAGAAACAUCGCGAAUAGCGCCGCAGAUUCAAUAAAAUUCCGAGGAAAACAGUGGCGAAAAGAUAUUGGUGUGAAAAAUAAGCGAAAUACCUUGUCAUAUGGUGCAAGCGGUGUGAAUAUUGAUGAAGGAAAUCAAUUUGUGGAGGAUAUUAAAAGUCUUGUGAAGAAAACGUUGAAGCCUGGAGCGGGACAGGUUUGUUUUUGUUUUUGAAUCAAUAAAAUUGGCGGGUACCCGGGUACCCGCCAAUUUUAUUGAUUCUUUAUUCCAUAGAUCAAAAAAAAUAGAUUUCACAAAAAUACUAUCACUCCCUCGGAUCAAACCAUCUAUUCAGCGAAUAACAAAGAUCGCAACUUUGAUAAAAAUAAAUAAAACCCCCCGAGAUAAAACUAGACUUUUGUCAGAUCGGCGGUUUCGGUGCUGUCCUUGAUCUUGCGGACUCGGGUUUCUCAAACGAUUCACAACUCGUUGUUGGAAUUGAUGGGGUUGGAACGAAAAUCGAGAUUGCGACAGAACUCAAUAACUUCAAUCAAAUUGGAUAUGAUGUUGUUGGAAUGUGUGUGAAUGAUGUGAUUUGUCAUUGCGCAAAACCGUUGGCUUUUUUGGAUUAUUAUGUUUGUGGCGAAUUGAAUAGACAUCAGGCUACUGAAGUUUUGAAGAGUAUUUCGAGUGCUUGCAUCGAAGCGGGAUGCUCAUUAAUUGGUGGCGAAACUGCCGAAAUGCCUGGGGUUUAUGGAGCAGAUCAAUGGGAUUUAGCAGGGUGUGCGAUUGCCUGUCGUGAAAAAUCCUGGCCAGCAUUACCACUUUCCAAUGAGAUUAGAGAAGGUGAUUUGAUCCUAGGGAUACCAAGUAAUGGACUUCAUUCCAAUGGUUUUUCACUGGCUAGAAAAGUUCUGAAAGUUAACAAUAUUUCAUAUUCGGAUAAUGUUCCUUGGGAAGAGAAUGUAAAGUUUGGAGAAAUAUUACUUCGAGGAACACGAUUAUAUGUGAGUGAUAUAUUGGAGCAUUUGAAAAACGGAAUUGUGAAAGGAUGUGCACAUAUUACUGGUGGAGGACUCGUUGAAAAUGCUACAAGAGUAUUGAAAAAAUCUCAACAAGUAACAAUGGAGAUUGAUUUAUCCAGCUGGAAACUUCCAGAGCUUUUCAAUUUUUUGGCGACUUCAGGACCAGUUGAAACAUCUGAAAUGAUUCGAACUUUUAAUUGUGGAAUUGGAAUGGUAUUGGUUGUUGGUAGUGAACAUCUCGAAACGGUUUCGAAGAUUUCGGAUGUCAUGAAAAUUGGAAAAGUUACAAAUUGGAAAGGAGAACAAAUCAAGUUUAGAAAUAUGGAGAGUUUUGUGGAUCGAAGUGGAUUUUUUGUUGAGAAAAAAGAGGCUGGAAGAAAAGUUCGAGUUGCUGUUUUGAUUUCUGGAACUGGGUCGAAUAUGAGGAAGCUGAUUGAGAGAGCAGAGCAAACUGAUAGUAAUUGUGAGGUGGGUUGAAUUUUUUUUAGAAUCCAUCAGACAAAUGUCUCCCGUUUUCAGGUGGUACUAGUUGUAUCUAACAAACCAGACGCUCUUGGCCUUGAAAUUGCUAGAUCUUUCAACACCGCAACUCGAGUCAACCCUCACACAUCAGACAGAAUAUCUGGAGAUUUAAAACUUGUCAAAAUUCUUCAAGAUUUUGGCGUCGAACUCAUUUGCUUGGCAGGUUAUAUGAGAAUCUUGAGUGGAGAAUUUGUGAAACAUUUCCCAUCUCGAAUUAUAAAUAUACAUCCAUCACUUCUUCCCGCGUUCAAAGGAGCUCAUGCUUUACAAGAUGCUCUUGAAUUUGGUGUCAAGGUUGUUGGAUGCACUUCACAUUUUGUGGAUGUAGGUUGAAGUUUGAGAUUUUUUAAUUUUGUUUUUGAAACUUUUCAGGAACUUAUUGAUCAUGGCCCAAUUAUUUAUCAGAAAUCUAUUGAAGUUGAAGAAUCUGAUAACAUCGAGACAAUUCGCGCGAAAAUCCAGAAAGCUGAACAUAUAUUAUUCCCGAAUUCGAUGAUAGAAGUGGCCAAGAGAAUUUUGAAUAAGGAGAUUUGA